ACACGGAUGCGGUUGUUGGUCCAUGUGAUUAUGAGUUUAACUACAGUGAGGGGGAUUAUCACUUUCGAUAUCAUGUAUAAAUCCGAGUACAAUCAGUUUUGACCUACACUUUCACGUGGCUCUGCAGGUAUUUCAAAAGACUAGGUACUGCUACCGACUUCGUUGAAGAAAAUCAUGGAUGCUAUUUUGCAGUAUUUUUGUGUUUUUGUCAUGACAAUCUCUUUUGGGAUUGGUAUAACAUCAAUGCAGUGUAACAUUGCCCUUGAGAAUGAUCGCUACGAUUGCCUACCAGAAGACGGCGCAACUCAGCAGAAGUGUGUCCUCAGAGGAUGUUGUUGGGCCAUAACUAAGACCCCAGGGGCGCCUUAUUGCUUUUACCCUUCUGAUUCCCCUGGCUACAGAGUGGUCAAGUCUGCUUCCACGGCUUUUGGGGAGACAUAUAUGCUUAACCUUGGUAGUAAAACUAGCUGGCCCGAUAAUGUGAUGACACUUCAGCUGGAUGUACGGUUUGAAACAAAAUCAAGGUUACAUUUUAAGAUAUAUGACCCAUUUAGAAGGAGAUAUGAAGUGCCCAUCUCUACUCCAAAGGUCAGCACAAAGGCUGCAGAUAUGGAUUAUGCAAUAAAAAUUCAUCCUGACCCAUUUGGAAUCACUGUCUCCAGGAAAUCUUCAGGAGCAGUAAUAUUUAACAGCAAUGUCUCUGCUCCUCUCAUCUUUGCCAACCAGUUCCUUCAGAUUGCAAGUGAACUCAGCUCUCCAUAUCUGUAUGGUUUGGGGGAACACCAGGGAACCUUUCUGAAAAAUAUCUCUUGGGCUCAGAUGGCCUUCUGGGCACGUGAUGUACCACCUAUGAAUGAUGUGAAUCUGUAUGGAGAUCAUCCAUUUUAUUUGAAUAUAGAGAAGGAUGGUCAGGCCCAUGGAGUCUUUUUGCUCAAUAGUAAUGCAAUGAGUGUAUCUCUCCAACCAACCCCUUCCAUAAUAUACAGAACAACUGGCGGAAUAUUAGAUUUCUAUAUUUUCCUGGGUCCUUCUCCUCAAGAUGUAGUGCAGCAGUAUACUGAUGUGAUUGGCAAGCCAUAUCUGCCGCCAUAUUGGAGUCUUGGGUUCCACUUGUGUCGCUGGGGUUAUAACAGCAGCAAUAUGACCAGGACUGUGAUUGAGAGGAUGAGAAGGGGGAAAUUUCCAUAUGUAAGGAGUGUUUAUUACUUGCUUUUAUAUGAUGUUUUACUGUGUUUUGCUGAAUGGUCUUCGUAUGCAAUUAUCUUUUAUGAAGUGUUAAUCAAUAAUCUUUGUUUUACUUGAAUGAAUUUUUAUGUAUUACUGGACC